GGUCAGUCAACAAGCUGAAUGUGAAUUCAGUUUUCUCUGGUUUUUUUCCCAACCAUAUUUUCAACACUUUUAUAUAUUUUCUUUUUUGCAGAAUUCGCCAAAUUCAAUUAUUUAUUUGCCCCAAGCGCACCACAAAUCGGAAACACAAAUCAACUCCGCAUUCUUUUCUUUUUAUUGUUGUCGUUCAUUAUUACGCUAUUCUCUCGACAGCACCAAUUUGCUUGACAGGCACGAAUAAAAUCCAAGUAGAAACAAAAAAUAAACCACAUUCCAAGCAAAACUUGCUGAUUCCCCCCGAUACAACAGAAGAAAAAUGAAUUUUUCUGACAUUCUUGGCGGCACUCUUUCGCCGGAUGCCCGCAUUCGCGAGCAAGCCACCCACGCUCUGGAGAGCGCCGAGAGCGAGAACUUUGUCCAGUAUUUGCUCUCACUGACCCAGGAGCUCGCCAACGAGGCUGGUCAAGCACCCAUCCGCUCGGCCGCUGGUAUCGCGCUGAAGAAUUCACUUUCCGCAAAGGAUGAGACACGCCAGAUGCAGCAUGCCCAGAGAUGGCUCCAGAUUGACGAGGCCAUCAAGCAGGGAACUCUGAUCACCUUGGGCUCAGAAAAUCCUGCGGCACAGACAAUCGCUGCCAUCACUGCCAUCGAACUCCCCCAGGGCCAGUGGACCGAUGUCGUCAACACGCUGUUGCAGAAUAUUUCGACUCCCAACACCAAUCUGAAGAUUUCGAGCCUGCAGACCAUUGGUUUUAUCUGCGAGACUAUUGAUCCCGAGAUUUUGGCCACUCAGAGCAACACAAUUCUCACUGCUGUCAUCCAGGGUGCCAACGCUGAAGAGCCCAGCCAGGAUGUCCGCUACGCUGCCAUUACAGCCCUGUACAACUCGCUCGAGUUUGUGCGCCAAAACUUUGAGAACGAGGGCGAGCGCAACGUGAUUAUGCAGACGGUCUGCGAGGCCACCCAGAGCCCCAGCACCAACGUCAAGGCCGCUGCCUUCGAGUGCCUGGUCCGCAUAAUGCAGCUCUACUACGACAAGAUGGGCUUUUACAUGGAAAAGGCGCUGUACGGUCUGACCGCCAUGGGCAUGAACCAUGAGGAGGAGAAGAUCUCCUUGCAGGCGAUUGAGUUCUGGUCGACCGUUUGCGACGAGGAGAUCGAGCUACAACUUGAAGAAGAGGAUGCCAACGAAAGCGGCCGGCCCUUUGACCGCACCAACUUCCAAUUUGCCAAGACCGCCCUGCCCCAAGUCCUGCCCACCUUGCUCUUCCUCCUGACCAAGCAGGAUGAGGAUGCCGACGAGGAUGAGUGGAACGUGUCCAUGGCCGCCGCCACCUGCCUGUCGCUGCUCGCCCAGACCAUCGGCAACGACAUUGUUGCGCCUGUCAUUCCCUUUGUUGAGCAGAACAUCCGGAGCCCUGACUGGCACUGUCGCGAAGCCGCAGUCAUGUCCUUCGGAUCGAUUCUCGAGGGUCCAGACCCCAAUGUGCUCACCCCGCUGGUAUCGCAAGCACUUCCCGUGCUGAUCGAGAUGGUCAAGGACCAGGUCCUGCAGGUCAAGGACUCGGCCGCGUGGACCCUUGGUCGCGUGUGCGACGUGCUGAUUGACUGCAUUCAGCUCGACGUGCACUUGCACAACCUUAUCAGCGCCCUGGUCGCGGGCCUCGAGGAUAACCCGCGCAUUGUGGCCAACUGCUGCUGGGCAAUUAUGAACUUGACCGAGCAGCUCGGCGGCAACGAUGCUGUGACUUACCCUUUGUCCCAGUACUUUGAGGGCAUUAUUUCGACCCUCAUGCGCAGCACUGAGACCAACGUCAAUGAGAACAACUCGCGCACAUCAGCCUAUGAGACUAUGGCGACGCUUGCGAGCACUGGAACCAAGGACACGUUCCCGACCAUCGCAAAGCUUGGUCUUGCCAUCCUAGACAGGCUCGACACCACCAUUGCCAAUGCCAGCCAGGUUGUCGGCACUGACGACCGCGUGGCUCUGAGCGAGCUACAGUCAAACCUGCUCAACGUGCUAACCAAUACAGUCUCAGAGAUCGCCGAUCGCAUUAUGACCAGCGUGCUGCAGCUUCUCAACACCAGCAGCAAGAUGUCGGUUGUUGCCGAGGACUCCUUCCUGCUG